AUGGAUGAUGAGGAGCUCUCGUGGACGUCAGCUUAUGAAGAGCGCCUACGAGCAGCCGUGCAGGAUAUACAACUAGGAAGGGUCCGACCUAGUUGUGACUGGGAGGACUGGAUGUGGGAAAUCGGCUUCCCACCUCCCUCCGCACCUCCCCCUCUCCCCGAGUAUGUUCCCUGCACACCCUCAGGCACGUUCUCUUUUCGCUCUGCCUGCCUGCUGACUUCCAAUUUGAUUACACUAUGCAGCCGCGUAUACAACAGUCAUGUUAAACAAGGGGAAAUCCUUACCUAG